AUGGCCUCUAAGGGUUGCUUCAUUGCGGUCCUCAUUGCCCGCACUCACGAUCAUGUCCCUCUCUGUAGCUACACCGACGAGAAUUACGCCAACUGUAACCAGAUUCGACAGCAAGAACAACGUAUUCUAGAGCGUAUGGAAAGUCCUGCAGCAACAGCUGAUCGAAAAGAUGCUAAAGGUUGCUAUUAUCAAAGUUUUGAUCACCGUGAUUGUAUUUAUUUUGCAUUUCAAGAUGCUGCUACAGAUUUGACAAUUAUUACAGCUGUUAAUAAAUUACUUUUACGAAAUUCAGGUGAUAUUGCAGCUACAAAUCGUUUAGCAUGUGGUUUACUUGAUUUGGUAUUUGCAGAAUUUAUGCGUAUGUAUUCUGUUACGGAGAUUGUAGCCAAAACCGUACGACCAUUUCAGUUUAUUAAGUUUGAUACCACACUUCAGAAACUCAUUCUACAAGUACAGCAGGAUAAACGUGGUGAUAAUGUUUUAAUUGGUGGAACAGGAGCAGCCCAGCAGGGGACUGGACAGCGCCGUCAGGUAAAUCCACACUACGAUGCAUUGCGACAGGAACUCACAGAUGUUCAUUUUGUAAUGCGCAAAAAUCUUGAAGAUUUAAUGACGCGGGGUGAGAAACUUGAAACGAUGAAUCAAUUUAGUGCUCAAUUAGUAGAUCAGAGCUCCCGUUUUUAUAAAAAGACUGUACAUAUGAAUAGAAUGCGAUUGUUGCGACUGUAUGGACCACCAGCUGUGGUGGGGAUUAUUCUUAUCAUUUUCUUCUAUUUCUACUUUUUUUAG